CGGAUCCGGAAGUAAUGAAGCUUUCUUCUUUCUGUCUCGUUUUUCUAUGUAUUUUUCACGUCUCUACAGCAGCUCAAGAUGGAAACACCGACAUUGGUUACAGAUGGCGAGCAGGGAGAUUCUCACCUUGCUCAAAGACAUGUGGAGGAAUCCAAAGGCGCCGCGUCAUCUGUCAAGGCAAGACACUGAGAGGCAUCGUGUUCGAGGCACGAACUGAAUUGAAAUGCAAUCGUAAUUCAAAACCCAUGAAAAAGAGAUCGUGCGGGUUCGAGUGCUUGCAGUACAAAUGGGUGGCUGGGCCGUACGACGAAUGCAAUGCAGCAUGUGGCCCGGGCAGUCAGUCGCGCUUCGUAGAAUGCAAGCAAUCGAAUAGCAGUUCAGAGGUAACAGUCAGUGAUCAACAUUGCAUCGAUGCUAACAACUCUCCCAAGCCAAACGCGAGCAGAAGCUGCCACAGCGAGUGCGGCGGACAUCACAGUAUGGGUAGGACGUGUGAAGACAUUAAUGAAUUGUGUGGUGUUAAUUAACUAUUUGUAUGCAGUAGAUUGCAGGUAAUCAUAUUUCGUCCCUAAAAUCGAUUAAGCUCCGUGUGAAGUUCUGUUAAUUAAUUAUUAAGGUGGACA